ACAACGUUUGUUAGAUCGCCUGGCAUCUCACACUGACAGUGUGAAGUCUGGAAUACAAGAAUAAAUGAACCUGAGUGGACAGACAGAGAAUUAACAAUAUCCAACAUGUUUAAACGGGGCUGUGGGCUGGAGUUCCUGCUGGUACUCUGUGGGCUGGAGCUCUCCUGGUCCUGCCCACGUCACUGCAUUUGCUACAUGGCCCCCAGCACCGUCAGCUGCCAAGCCCACAACUUCCUGUCCGUCCCGGAAGGCAUUCCUCCACACAGUGAGCGCAUCUUCCUCCAAAACAACAAGAUCCAUCGACUACUGCGGGGCCACUUUAGCCCUACCACGGUCACUCUGUGGAUUUACUCCAACAAUAUCACAUAUAUCGAACCAACUAUUUUCCAAGGGUUCACCUUGCUGGAGGAAUUGGACCUGGGAGACAAUCGCCACCUACGUUCACUGUCUGCAGAAACCUUUCAUGGGCUGGGCCGGCUCCAUGCCCUCCAUCUAUACCGCUGUGGCCUCAGUGCACUGCCAAAUAACAUCUUCCAGGGUCUCCGCAACCUCCAGUAUCUGUACUUGCAGGACAACCAUUUGGAGUAUCUGCAGGAUGAUCUUUUUGUGGACUUACACAUCUUGAGCCACCUGUUUCUUCACGGGAACCGUCUGUGGAGCCUGCACCAAAAUACAUUUAGAGGACUGGGGGCUUUGGACCGGCUGCUACUGCACCACAACCAACUUCAGUGGGUGGACCGCCUGGCAUUCCACGACCUGCAGCGGCUUACUACCCUCUAUUUGUUCAACAACUCCUUGACGGAGCUAGCUGGAGAGUGUCUCACCCAGCUGCCUGCACUGGAGUACCUUCGCCUCAAUGACAACCCUUGGGAGUGUGACUGUAAGGCUUUAUCACUGUGGGACUGGCUCAAAAAGUUUCGGGGGUCCACAUCGUCAGUGGGUUGCAUGGCACCGGCAGAACUGGCAGGCAAAGAUCUGAAGCAACUGAAGAACGAGGACUUCCCGAAUUGUUCCGGAUCUGAGUCCCUGCACCAGAGUAAGACCAAGACUUGGGCAGGAACAGAUAAGGUCUCACUGAAGCAGGACCCCCAUCCUGCCCAGCCUCCACAAACACACCCACACCACCCCCAACUGAAUGAACAAUACCCUUCCCCUCCCUCUCUCCUGCCCCAGCCACCCCCUGCCAUAAAUGGUGUCCAAGCAGGAACGGGAGGGUCUCCGGGCAUAGUCCCUGCUCAGAGGCCCGGCCGCUCUCGGAACUGCACACGCCAGCGUGUCAGGGGCAGCAAGGGAAAAGAACCUAAUGAGGUCCACACCUUAAAAGAGAUGGCGGAUAAGGAAUACUCCUCUCCCGAUUUCACGGGGAAAUAUGAUGAAACAUCUUCUGAUGGUUCAAACACCCGCAGAAAGCACAAAUGUACCCCCCGGACCUCUGUGCGUCCCCCUAGUGGGGUCCAGCAAGCCACCAACUGGGGACACUCUCAUCAUACACAUUUCUUUCUCUCUAGUAUUCUGGGACUGCUUGUGCUCAUUCUGCGCUGAACUCUGAUGCUGGACCAUCAUGGCAUCAUGGAUACGCUGCAGUCCUCAGAUCAGCUCUAGCUCCAGCAUUACCAGGCCUACUAAUGUGUGUAUGUUUGUGUGUGUAUGUGUGAGUGAUAAUGUGUACUACAUUGUAUAAGGAGCUUUGCCAUUUAGACUGAAAUAGAUGAAAACUGAACACCGGAUGAUAUAAACUCCAAAUUUGGAUCGGGGAAUAAGAAGAAUAGUGAAGCAAACCGAAUAUGCUUGCACUGCCACUGUUGUUGUUCUUUUUUUUUGUCCUUUAUUGGUCUGGUCUAUCCCCCUCUAAAUGGAAAACCAUUUCAAUGAAAGAAAGCACAG